UUACAGCCAUACACGGGGACCAAAAUUGGGUGCUUAAGUUUCUGGGGGAGUGUGUAAGUGAUGCACCUAACAUACAAAAAGCGCUCGACACUGCCAUGAAAGUUGCAUAGUUUGCUGUCGUUUGUGUAAUUUCAUCUGACACCUUCAUAGCGUUAAACGUUAUUUUUUGGUUUUGGGUGGAGUAGGUAGACAUGGCUGACCAAGAAAUUGGGCCCGUUGGGUUGGGCAAGAGGGCUGCAGCAGGUGCUGCAGUUUUCAAGGUGCGCGAGGCUGCAAUGGCUAUUCUUCAAACAGAAUCUACUGGUAACCUGAAAGUACAAAAACGGAGUGUCCCAUCGACUCCUUUCAUCGUACCAGAACCUUCCCUAAAACCAUACAAGCGGCCCCCCACUCUGCUAAUGCCACCUUCGCACCAUGCCAUCCCAGUUGGAGGAUUUACCUGUGAGGUGUGCGGCCAGAACUUCUUCUCUUUUCCUCAGAUGGUGAGACACAAACAGUUCCACGACGAAGAAAGGCCCUUUCCCUGUGGUGUGUGUGGGAAACGUUUCCUGAGCCGCAGCCACUACACUGAGCACCAGCGGGUUCACACUGGGGAGCGCCCCUUUCCUUGCGACCAGUGUGAGCGCUCGUUCACCACACACCACAACCUAAAGCGUCACCACACCAUCCAUGCCAAAGAGGAGGCGUACCGCUGCCGAAAGUGUGGCGUACUCUUCUGCCAGCGUCACGAGUACCCCAAUGGCAUACCUCAACCUGACCUUGAGCCUCGACCUGGGUUCGAAUCCAUGCCCACGAUGCAACCCACCCCUCCCAUUCAGGUCACACUCACACCCAAGCAGCUUAAGAAGCUUAACAAGAAGAGCCAUAAUCUCUCAACCAAACAUGAUCAUUCUAAGAAGAAAAAGAAAAAGAGGAGAGUCAAGCAUCCAGGCACAGCAGAGAAAGUACAUUCUGUGCCUCAAGAGGAACUUUGGCCUGUGUUGUUAACUAGAGGAGAAAAAUUGCAAAAAGUUGCGUAUGACAUCGAGGUUAUUCUUUGAUCCUGCAUGAUGAAAGAAAUGGGAUAAUCAGUUAGAUUAUGAUUUUUAAAAACAAGAUGAACAUUGUUCCGUUUCUUCUCCACCCAUGUGGAUGCACUGUUUCAUAAAAGGACUUAUACCUCAACACUUGUUUUGCAUCACAUCAUGAUUUUGGUAUUUAUUCCUUCAUUGAGUUUGAGAAAAUAAGAACUUUCUCUCCACCAGUGAUAAUGAUUAGGAAAUAUUUUGUCAAGCAUUUAAAAUGGUUAACAGUCCUCUGAAAUGUUAUGGUUUUGCCUUUGAGAUCGUAACUGGUUUUUGUUGGUGUUACUUUAGUGUAUAUAUUUUUUGGAUUAUGAUUCAUUCAAUUAUACUUAAUCCAUUGUGAAGAAAGGGCUAAUUAGACUGUCUAUACAUUAUUAAAUGACUUGCUGUUAAACUAUCUUCUGUUACACAUUCAACUAAUUUUUAUAACAAAUCAUGUUCAUCCACUUUUUAGAUUACGAUCAUAGACCUGUAGUGUUUCUUGCUGGUUCUCAACCAUUAAAUUGUCCAGAAAUUGCCCUCACCAAUGUAUGUACAUGUAAAUAAUCCUGAGUUUUUUUGUUUAUGAAUUAGGAAUAUCUAUAGUCCGUGUUAAGUGAAUAAUUCUGUUGAAUUGGAGUAACAAUUAAACUUCCAGAGUCUGUCAAACUA